CCGCGCUCCCGCCUCCUCCUUCUCCAGAAAAAGUCGCCAUUUUGGUUCACUGCCUUCGGGCCCCCCCCCAGGCGCCGCAAGCGGCCCUUCCGGGGCCAGGCCGGGCCCGCUCCCCGGCCGCAGGUGACAGAGAUGGCCGAUCCCUUCUGUGUUGGAGGAGGCCGCCGGCUCCCAGGGUCCAGCAAGAGUGGACCUGGGAAGGAUGGCGGCCGGAACGAGGUCCGACUUCCCGUGCUGCAUGACCCACCGAAGCUGGGGAUGCCGGUGGUCAGGGGCGGGCAGACGGUGCCCAGCCAGGCCCCACUCUGCUUUGACCCGGGAAGUCCAGCCAGCGACAGGACAGAAGGGAAGAAAAAGGGACGUCCGAAAGCUGAAAACCAGGCCCUCCGAGACAUUCCCCUCUCCCUGAUGAACCAGUGGAAAGAUGAAUUCAAGGCACACUCAAGGGUGAAGUGUCCAAACUCGGGGUGCUGGCUGGAGUUCCCCAGCAUCUACGGGCUCAAGUACCAUUACCAGCGGUGCCAAGGGGGUGCCAUCUCAGAAAGGCUGACCUUUCCCUGCCCCUUCUGCGAGGCUGCAUUCACCUCUAAGACCCAGCUGGAGAAGCACCGGAUUUGGAACCACAUGGACCGACCCCUGCCUGCCCCCAAGCCUGGACCAGUCAGCCGGCCAGUCACCAUCAGCCGGCCCGUCGGGGUCAGCAAGCCCAUUGGAGUGAGCAAACCUGUCACUAUUGGCAAACCCGUGGGUGUCAGUAAACCCAUCGGCAUCAGCAAGCCAGUGACGGUCAGCAGGCCUGUGCCGGUCGCCAAGCCAGUGACGGUCAGCAGGCCUGUGCCGGUCGCCAAGCCAGUGACGGUCAGCAGGCCUGUGCCGGUCGCCAAGCCAGUGACGGUCAGCAGGCCUGUCCCGGUCACCAAGGCUGUGCCGGUCGCUAAGCCAGUGACGGUUAACAAGCCAGUGCCGGUCACCAAACCCGUGCCAGUCACCAAACCGGUGACCGUCAACAAACCAGUGCCAAUGACAAAGCUUGUGACAGUUACAAAACCUGUGCCAGUCACAAAGCCGGUGACGGUCAGCAGACCCAUUGUGGUCAGUAAGCCGGUGACGGUCAGCAGGCCCAUUGCCAUUGGCAGACACACACCACCCUGCAAAAUGGUGCUGCUGACCAAGCCUGAGAGCAAAACUCCUCGUGCGGCGGGGAGGAGCAGUGGUAAGAAAAGGGCUGCGGACAGCCUGGAUGCCUGCCCUGUCCUGCCCAAGCAGGCGAGGCCGGAGAAUGGGGAGUGCGGCCCGUCCACCACAGGCCAGGGCUCAGCCUUCCAGCUGAGCACAGACCGCAGUGGCGGCCCCCUUUCCCUGGGCAGUGGGCCCUUGGGAGGCAAGGAGGCGCCGAAGGCUGCAGGCCCUGGGUCUCCGCCUGAGGAGAGCAUGGAGCGCACGAAGCACAGAAGGAAACAGAAAACACCCAAGAAGUUUACGGGGGAGCAGCCGUCCAUCUCAGGGACCUUUGGACUCAAAGGCCUGGCCAAGGCAGAGGACAAAUCCCGGGUUCACCGCACUAAGAAGCAGGAGGGGCCUGGCCCGGAGGACGUGCGGAAGAAGGUGCCGGCGCCCACUAGCACUGUCAGCAAGGAGGUGCCGGCCCCCGUGGCCCACCCAGCCCCAGGUGGCCCUGAGGAGCAGUGGCAGCGGGCCAUCCAUGAACGGGGGGAGGCUGUCUGCCCCACCUGCAACGUGGUUACCCGAAAGACCCUCGUGGGGCUCAAGAAGCACAUGGAGGUGUGUCAGAAGCUGCAGGACGCGCUCAAGUGCCAGCACUGCCGGAAGCAGUUCAAGUCUAAGGCUGGCCUCAACUACCACACCAUGGCUGAACACAGCACCAAGCCCUCUGACGCCGAUGCCUCGGAGGGGAGCGAGCAGGAGGAGCGGGAGCGGCUACGCAAGGUGCUGAAGCAGAUGGGGAGGCUGCGCUGCCCCCAGGAGGGCUGCGGGGCCGCCUUCUCCAGCCUCAUGGGCUACCAGUACCACCAGCGACGCUGUGGGAAGCCACCCUGUGAGGUGGACAGCCCCUCCUUCCCCUGCACCCACUGUGGCAAGACCUACCGCUCCAAGGCCGGCCACGACUACCACAUGCGCUCGGAGCACACAGCCCCACCCCCCGAGGACCCUGAGGCCAAGCCUUCUGAGGCUGAGGAUCUGUUAGGUGUCGAGCGGACCCCCAGUGGCCGCAUCCGCCGCACGUCGGCCCAGGUUGCUGUGUUCCACCUGCAAGAGAUUGCAGAAGAUGAACUAGCCCGAGACUGGACCAAGCGGCGGAUGAAGGACGACCUGGUACCUGAGACCGCACGGCUCAACUACACUCGGCCAGGCCUCCCCACGCUCAACCCCCAGCUGCUGGAGGCGUGGAAGAAUGAAGUAAAGGAGAAAGGCCAUGUCAACUGUCCCAAUGAUUGCUGCGAAGCCAUCUACUCCAGUGUGUCCGGCCUCAAGGCCCACCUCGCCAGCUGCAGCAAGGGAGACCACCUGGUGGGGAAGUACUGCUGCCUGCUGUGUCCGAAGGAGUUCAGUUCUGAGAGCGGCGUCAAGUACCACAUCCUCAAGACCCACGCGGAGAAUUGGUUCCGGACUUCAGCAGACCCGCCUCCCAAACACAGGAGCCAGGACUCGCUGGCGCCCAAGAAGGAGGAGAAGAGCCUGGCAGGCGGGAAGAAGCGGGGCCGCAAGCCCAAGGAGCGGCCCCCCGAGGAGCCUGCACCUAAGAUGCCUCCCCGCCGGGAUGACUGGCCCCCGGGAGGCAGAGACAAGGGGGCCCGGGGCUCCACUGGCCGGAAGGUGGGAGCCGGCAGAGCACCUGAGAAGUGAGCAUGGUGGCUGGCAGAUGGUGGGGCCCAGUCCCCACGCUGGCCACCAAGCCCCCUCUGUCCAAGGUGAGGGUAGCUAGUUCCAGGACCUCCUGCUCUGUAGUUCUCCAUCCCCCACCCCUGCCUAUUCAUCUGUCCAGUAGGGGUAGCCAGCCCCUCUCCCCUCCCUGAAGGUGGCCCUUCCCUUGUGCAGGCUUCCACAGGGCACACCUGCACAGGGGCUCUUUGGGGAGGGAUGGUGACAGCAGCAGAAGUGCAAUAGCCUGGAGGGACGGACAUUCACGGGUCUGGUGGAGUCUGGGGCCCAGGAGGAGGGUCAGUGGCUGGGGCCUCAGUGCCAUGGGGGCAGUGCGCAGCAGGCAGAUGGCUUUCUGGCCCUUGCCGUGUGAGCUCUGUUCCCCAUCUGCUUCCUCAGGCCCAAGGCUCGGGGAUCCCUGGUGACCCGUGGUUCUGGGCUGAUGAGGGCACCUGAGCACCCUCGCCUCUACCUGACACUGGAACCCCAGCAUCCCCAGCUACCUCCCAGGGCAGACCCUGAGUCUGACCGCUGCCGUGCCCACCUGACAGUCCACCCUCCCUGACUUCCCUGACCCUCCCGCCUCUGGCUCCGCAGCUUCUGUUCUCUACCUCUCCAGGCCCACCCUCCCCGCCUGUGCUGCCCCUGCUGUGCUUGGGCCUUGCCCCACUGGCCCGUGUCUGUUUUGGUGGGGAGAGGCGGCCUUGCUAACGGGGGGCUCUCCACCAUCCCCAGUGGUGCUCCCUGCUUGGGGCAAGAGAGGGGCUCUGCUUCUCCCACCUGCAGGGCUGCAAAGCAGGGGUUCAAGGCCCAGGGGCAUGGCUGCCAGCCCGUGGGGUGAGCGGCCUCAUGGAGGAUGCUCUGCCUCCGGUCUCCAGCUUUGCUAACGCUGCUGGCCUAGGUCUGGGCAGCCCGAUGGGUUAGGGAUGGGCCAGUCUGGGCUCUGGGGUUGACUGGGGGCCCGUGGGCACAUGGGGUGGGGAGUUGGGCAGAAUGGGCCUGGCUCUGAAGAGUGACCACUGCAGGAAGCAGCCUUCUGUCUGCUGGGUUGGCACAUGGCCAAGCUCCCAUGGGAGGCUCCCUUCCCCUGUUUUUUACCUGCCACUUCGUUUCUGGUUGUGGGGUCUUUUGAUACAAGAGCUGAAGGCCAGGGAAGGGGCUUGGCCAAGGUCACAGUAGGGUAGUGGCAGCUCUGGGGCCCUGUUGUGGUUCCCUUUGGGUCUUUGAGGAUGGCUAGGUUUGCAGAUUGGGCAGUGGUCACACUGGAGUCCAGGGCACCCGCAGGAGGCACCACGCCCUUGACCCUGCCUUCCAACUGAGGCAUUGCAGGGAGGGGCAACCUCAGAGCCACUGGGUUUGGACAGAGGCUGUUUCCCACUGGGGGUAGGGGGGGCUGAGGGCUCGGCCUUGCCGAUCCUGGACGAUGUGAAUUUUGAUAUUUGCCCGUGUGUGUGUAGUGGAUGCCAGUCUUGUUGCUGUGACAAGUAACAACCUUUUUUUUAAUUCUGUUUUUUAUACAAAAACUCAACAAUCUGACAUUUUGGUGCUAAGGGUUUCCUGGUGCGACGGUGGACCUGGGGGCUAGGCUGGGGUCCCUCCCCUGCUCAGGGAGGCAGUGCUGACUGGGCACCCCUCUGCCCCCAGCUCCUGUCCUCAUCCAGCCCCUGGAGAGGAGGGGCUCCAAGCUGGGCUUGGCUCUCUUGGCCCGCAGUAGGGAGGCAGGUUCCAAGGGAGCUUUGGAGCUGGGUCGCCACGGUGCCUGUCUCCAGCUUUUUCCUUUUUCCUGACCCUGGGCAGCUCUGGUGUGGAGAUGUGCGCUUCUCCCACUCACACACACCUUGAUCUGAUGGAAGGGUGGAGGCCUGGGCAGAUGUGUGUGAUCCAGUGUCAAAGGUCAAGGAGGGCAGCAUGGGCAGGGCUUUGGGGCAGGAGGGCUGGCUUUCUCGUGUUCCUGGUUAUCACUAUGGUGUACAGCUGGUGUAUGUGGAGGUGGGGUCAGGCAGCUGCUGCAGGGGCAGCCUCUGGAGGGGAGGGCGAUCAGGCACUGGCAGGAGCCCCAGGUGCACUUUGUCCUUGUCACCAAUGGCUCGAGGAGGUUGGACCUCAGCACCUCUGCUGGGGAUGGCUGCCUGCCCUGGCCUCUCAGGUACUUGGCCCUUGGGGAGUGGGGGGCUGGUUUUUGCUGGGGGGUGAAUUUCCAGGUCACCCCCCCCCGAAGUCCACCUAGGUGUGUGGGAAGAGGGGGGUCCUGGAUAACUUGAUGUUUAGCACUUUAACCUCCUUUUUUUUGUCUUUGAAGUGGGCAGGGGGGCUGAUGCCAAAAGUGGCUGUUGGGUUGGACCCCCCUCUCCCUGCUUCCCUCCUUCUGGCUGGUGAGUGGCAGUGGUAAGGUGGUCUGCAGAGCCCUCCUCCAAAGAGGGUAGAGCCUUGAGCAGCUCAGCGGGAUCUGCCCACCUCCCACUCUGGCAGGAAUGCAGCCAGGUAACCACCUGGCCUUGACUGACACCUUCAGUGAGAGGGACCGGAGUGGCAGACCCCCCAGGUGUGAUGGGUGUGAACCCUGCCAGAAACCCAAGCCCAGGGCACAAUGCCGGGUCCCUUUCUGAAGAUCUACCUCUGGCCCAGCCCACCCCCCUUGCCCUGAGAACAGGAAAGGGCCGACUCAAGGGGCUGACACUUCACACAAAAAAAGGAUGCACUUUAUUUGCUCAUGCAAAGGCAGAUGAGGGUGUCUCCUGGUGUGACCAGUGGCCCUCCCAGCCGUAGCCCCCUCCUUUCCCUCUGUUUCAGAAGGGAGAGAACGGGUGCACCCUCACCUGCGGAGGGGAGGGCUGUCCCCAUGUGUCCCCACGGGGUGGGCCCCAGGCGGCUUGUCCUGGAGGCCUGGGGCUGGGGAGGCCAGCACCUCUAGCCUGGUAGCCACACGUCCUGUACUUGGGGUUUCUUGGUUUGGGUUUUCUAAUGUCAGUUUUCCGUACAUAAGUGCAUUUUGAAAGAGAGGCUCCAGCUAUCACUUGUAUUCAUAUAUAUACUUAUAUAUUCUAUCUACAAAGUGUUUAUUUGCAAGAUGUUUGACGGUGAGCUCGGGCCCUGCCGGCCUCGUGACCAUCUGUCCCCGGUCCUCGUCCCCGUCCCCCGGACUCGAGUGGCGUGGGGGCGGGCCAUCAACUGUAUGUAUUAAAAAUGACUGUAUCAAAUAAAUGUUUAUUGAUUUUUUUCCAGA